AUCAUCACUAGUUCGUCAAAGUGUUCUCCGACCAGUUAUAGCGUCAAGAGUGAAGCUCAUUCCAAUAGAAUGGCACAAAAACGUUGGUUUGCGCAUGGAGCUAUUCGGGUGUGAUGCAGAUUAUUUCAUGGACGCUUGGCUACUCUACAGUGGGACAGAAUUUAGAAUGGCUUACUCUCUUCCAAGCAAUAGAGAAUAUCAAACAAUGGCAAACGGAACUAAACAAUUGGUGGGUAAUUAUUUCGACUCUGAGUACGUCUAUGGUUAUUUGAAAACUGAAUUUGUCGAGUUCAGCCCACAAACCUCUCGAUAUGGAUUCACCUUACUUGCCGCCAAAAUAAGGCUCUACUGCCUCAGAACGUCUAUAGAACCUUUAAUGCGAGGGAUCAACAUUUUUGUAUCUGCCCCUGACUCGCCAUUCGAGAAGGAAGUCUCAAUGAUCAGAUUUAGCAAAGUCAACUGCGUCCCACCCGAAGUAAACAUUAAGCCGUCCGCAGGCACAUCUAAGUUUGUUGGUGUACUUAGAAAAUCCUUUCCAGUUUUGACAGUUGAUAUAAAUCAAAACUGUCCAUCCAAUGACAAACUCCUGUUUUACUGGCAAAUCGCCACAGUGGAUAAAUCUAGAGAAAUAAUGUCUCCAUUGUCUCCACCGGAAAAUCUGAACAGCAACAAGUUUGCAUUGCUGCCUGAUUCGUACUCCUCAUCGGAGACGCUUUACAUACGAUGUGUAGCGCUACUACAAGGAUAUCAGUGGACUUUCUCCAUGGAUUACAAAUUUAUAAAACUGAUUGAAGCAGAUGUUGUGGCAAAGCUAACUGGGUCCUCGAUAGCAAUAAGUGGAGUAUCUGCAAUCAAAUUAGACGGCUCGCAUUCUUAUUUCACUGGGUCUUCUGAAUGGGCGAGUAACGUGUUUCUUACAUAUUCGUGGUAUUGCUUGGGACCUUUGAGGGAUAAGAGAAUAGACCAAGCUGGAAAGGUUAAAUGCAGUCCAGAAGGAGAACUUCUGAAAAUUGCUACUGAGGCACUACAAAUCAAUGCGAGUGAUCUUGCAGAAGGAGACUACGCGUUUAAGAUGAUCGUAGAAGCUGAUGGGGUAACAUCCGUGGCAGUUCAUGACGUAACAGUGUAUGGAUUUCAGGGACUUUCGAUAAGGUGUCAAAGUAACUGCGCCCGCAAGAUCAAUCCUCAAAUCAAGCAGAUCUUAGACGCAGAGUGUCUUGGUUCGGCCUGCGACCACACCCAUCAGUAUUUUUGGUCUGCCGGGUCAAUGAUAACCAAUACAGGACAGUGGCGCGAAGUAAACUUGACAAGCGACCCUUUCAGCUCACGAAUUACCCUGACAAAUUUACCAGAGAUCCUUAACACAUCAACAAACGCUGACAAACCGUAUGUCAUCAAGGUGCGUGCGGUUUUCGACAGAAGUGUUGAAAUUACAUCGAGUGUCGACUUCAUUCUUAAUUCUGUGCCUAAUUUCGACCAUUCCGGAUCAUCAGGAUGUCAUGUUGAUGUUAGUCAAGGAUUUGCAAUGAAGACCAAGUUCAAAAUCUCAUGCGAGAAAUGGGAAGACGAGGACGUGCCACUAACUUAUAGGUUUCAGUACAUGAGUGAGUUUGGUAAUAUUAUUCUUCAGACAGGCUUUCCGGGAAAUGCUACUGCUAAGCUUCUUCCUGGAAAUGCGUCUCUGAGUUACAUGAUGAAUAUUGAGUGUGUUGUGGUCGAUUCACUCGGUGGAAGUGCUACUGUAAAGUUACCCGUCAAGGUGCUUCCUCCGUCGGAUUCAGAAGCAAAAUCCCUGAUAAGAAAUAUAAAAAACACGCUUACAGACCUGAUGAAUUCAGGCGAACAGGAUACUGCAGCAGACAUGUCCCUCUUCUCCUUGUCCAUAAUGAAAACACACAAUGGCUCAGGGCAAAAUGAAUCUCAGGUGAAAGGGAACAUCCUCGAGCUUCUGGGCGCCGUUUCGGUGGAGUCACUUCCCCAAGUGACAAAAUACGCCGUCCUCGGAUCCGAAACAACAAAACAAGAAGGACGACUUUCAAACACGACCCAGAGAAAUGCAGUUAAGCUAAUACAAAAGACAGUGAAUUGCAUGAGCAACUUGACCACCAGUAGAAGUUCAGGAGUUGACGCAGAUGUUGUGAAAAAUGUUGCUGAAGUAUUCAUCGAUGGAAUCAGCAAUGUGCUGAUGUCAUCAAUACCUGACGAUGAAGUGGAUGUUUCGUACGAAUGCGCCAACGUUUCCCAAACCAUAGCAAGGACCUUCGCAGCCCUCAAGGCAGUUGGAGUCGGUUCAGUGUCUAUUUCUUCCCCUGCAAUAACCAUUAACGUAAACAGAGAUAAACCAUCAUCCUUCGACGGGGCCUUGCAGCAGACGGGUUCAAGUACAUUUUUGCUUCCACCGUCAAACACCUUAUUUCCAAAUGCCUCGGAAGCUCCACCGAAUAUUGAUCUUCAGGUAAUAAAGUUUUGGGCAAACCCUUACUUUGGAGAUGAAAGCCGAAUAUCUGUAAACUCCGAAGUUCUUGACAUCAGUCUGUUUGCCGAAUCCGUUGGGGAGCUCAAAGUUGAAAAUGUAUCUUCUCCUAUCAGCCUUUUUAUACCGCUAACAAGACGAACACAAAAUAAUACGAAGAAGCCAUCAGUGCACUUUUUAAAACCGACUUUUAAUACAACAAGUACACUAAACAUGACAUUCCAUCGCCUCCUCGUUAGCUCGAAGUAUAUGACUUUAAGAGUGACACUGAUACCAGAGUUUGACAAGUAUGUGGAUGUGUUUGUAAGACCAGCCAUUCGACCGACAUCUGACAAGUACGUGCUAAAGACAACAAUUCCAGAUAUGGCUGCUUGCAUGGACCUAAAGGUUUCACCAUGGACUGCUAACGAAUCUUGUAUCAGGGACCCGUUUACCUUUGAGAUAAAUAGCAGAAUAACAGGAGCUACAGGUCUUCAUUUCAUCGGAGUUCGCUACAUACCUCUAAUAAGAAACAACGGUUUGCCUACAAAGGAGGCAACGGAUGAUAAGGUUAACGCAAUGACCACCCAUGAAGAAAGGUUCAAGAGAGAUAUACUUGCUGAGUUCCCAUGCAAGAGUUCUUAUGGUCGUCAAAAGCGCGGAUGCGUCGGUGUCAAAGACCCACCUCCAACUCCUCCACGGCCUAUAAUGAUAUUUCGUCCUGUUUAUGACAGUAUGACGGACGUUAACUACACUCUUAAAGUAUCUGAAGCAUCUUGUAUGUACUUUGACAAAAUGAUUGGCUCAUGGAGCAAUGAAGGAUGUAAGAUUGGCAAGCAGUCUAAUUCAUCCCAUGUCCACUGUCUCUGCGACCAUCUAACAUCUUUUGGGGGAGAUUUUCUUGUUGCGCCCAACCCAAUUGACUUUGACAAAGUGUUUGUUGAGUUCAGACGUAUGGGUGAGACUGGAAACUUUGUCGUGUUGACCACCAUCUGCAGUAUUUGGGGAUUGUUCAUUGCAGGGAUCAUUAUUGCGAGAAGAGCUGACAAUAAAGACAAGAAAAAGGAUAAUAAGGUUAACUCAUUUUACAUAUAUUUAGGGUGCUGCUUGUCUAUCUUAUUUGCUACCAUGGUAACGAAUGCUAUGUUCUAUCAGUUUGGUGCCUCGCCGAAGGACACAUUUCAAAUUGGGCCUUUAAAAAUGAGUUGGACUCAGAUAAAAAUCGGCAUCCAAAGUAGUAUCAUAGCAAUACCUGUUAACAUCAUUAUUGUGACAAUCUUCAGGAGUAUCAAAGUCAAGUCUACGAAUUACCAAACAAGAAAGAACGACAAAGAAAACACCAAAACACCAGGCUGCCUGCCACCUUGGUUCACGUACAUUGGCUGGACCUUGUGCAUUAUAACCGCUCUCGCAUCGUCAGCUUUCACUUUUUUCUACAGCUUGAUGUGGGGUGCGGACGUGUCAAAUAACUGGCUUACGUCAAUUAUGGUCUCCUUCUUCCAAGACGUGAUCAUCACUCAACCAAUCAAGGUGGUCGCUAUUGCAUCUUUGCUAUCAUUGGUGAUAAAGAAGCCUCCGCAACAGGACAAAGUGUUCGGGCAAUCGCUAUCUAAGAAAAGCAAAAAAGGAAAAAUUGUAAUACCUAAAGGGGAAGAACUAGAGAAACACCGUAUUUAUCGGACUAAAUUAAUCGCAAUGUUUCGUACAAUCGUUGAGAUUAUAUUUUUCUUGAUCUUUCUGCUACUUGUUGUAGUGGUUUGCUAUUGCAACAGAAAGACUACACGGUAUUUGAUGACGCAUGGAAUGAGGCAACUCUUCAACAAUUUCGAAGCGGUUGAUUCUCCAGAGGCUUUUUGGGCGUGGACAAAUGAGACUCUUUUCCCUGCUCUCUAUGAGCCACAGUGGUACAACGGAAAGCCGUUCGAGUACGAUGAAGGAUUUAUCAGCAGCAGGGAAGCGUUCAUUGUCGGCAUGCCGCGGUUGAGACAAGUCCGCCUUAAACCAGACCCUCUCUGUCAAGUGGAAUUGAGCGAGCCAGAGCUGGCGCACAUUUUCAACCGAUGCCUUCCAUUAUACAAGCACUCCAAAGAGGACAAAACCCCGUGGAAUAUGCCCAUGUGGAAGCCUGUACGGAAUCUGACAAGAUCCAUGUCAAUACUUAAGCUGCAGGACAUCUGCCCUAAACCUUGGAGAUAUAAGAGUGCCGAUGCUCUGAGCUCUCUGUCAUUUACUGGACUGGACUCGUUCUACGACGGUGGUGGCUUUGUUGCUGAUCUUGGCUACAACAUUUGGCAGGCAAGGAAUGUGGUUUCUGUACUACGGGACAAUAGCUGGAUCGAUGAUAAAACGGCAGCAGUUUUUGUGGAAUUCACUGUUUUUGAGCCAACAACUUCCUUGUUCUCUGCGGUCAAGUAUCUUUACGAGAGAUUUCGGACUGGUGGCACAAAUACCCGCGCUACUGUGAGGACACUUGUCUUAUACGCUUCCGCUGAUACCAACAUGCAGUCGUUCUUUCAGGUUUGCCAGCUCAUGCUAAUGCUCAUGAUCCUGUUUUUCUUGUUUGUCGAGUUUGGAAAGAUCUAUCGACAAGGGAGAGAAUACCCCAAACAGUUCUGGAAUUGGAUGGAGCUUAUUCAGAUUCUGAGCACAGUAGCUGCUAUUGUCAUGUUCUUCUUCAAGGAAAAGUACACCAGUAAAUUCGUCCAAAGGGUUAGGGAUAAUCCGUUUGAGACGUCUAGUAUGGACUACAUUGUUCUGUGGUCGGACUGUGAGAUCUACCUGCUAUCACUGGUUAUAUUUAUUAUCACGAUCAAGUUUCUAAGACUGAUACGGUUUAAUCGAAGUAUUUGUCAGAUGACUGGAACGAUGACCAGGUCUGCAAAGGGCAUCGCGAAUUUCUUUAUUGUUUUUGUCUCUGUGCUGCUCGCCUUCACUCAACUUGGGUUCCUCGCUUUCGGUUCAAGGUCCACUCCAUACUCUUCAUUCUUCCAGUCACUAAGAUCCUGCUUGCAAAUGGUGCUCGGUGGCGACAUGCACUUCUUCGAGCUUCAAGACAUCAACAGGAUCCUUGGUCCCGCGUUCGCUUUUGUGUACAUGCUCUCUAUGACUAUGAUUCUCUUGAACAUGUUCUUAGCUAUUCUCAAUGAUUCGUACGAGGAAACCAAAUUUGAAGGAGAGCGAUUUAGAGAUGCUGAGCUAGCGGAGUUCAUGGUUGAAUACUUUAGUAAAAAUCUAUUACGUAUUAAAACCAACCUAAACAAACUUUUCCAGAAUGUCUUAAGUAAUCUGAGUAGUGCAGAAGAAAAGGCAACGUAUAAAGAAGAGUCGACCCGGGACUCUAUUAUUAGCAACGAGGUCAUCGUUAACAAUGGGAAGGGCAGCGAAGAGAAUAUCACGGCCAAUGACAAAGUACGGAGUGGCUGCUUGAUAUCAGUUGAUGAGAUUAUCAUUGAGGAUACUCUAGCUUCGGCGAUUGCUACUGUUCCUGAUAAUGCUGGUGCUGAUGGUAAUAGGGAUGAAUAUGAAGUCGUCGACUACGACAAUGAUGAUGACGAUUACAAUGGUACCUUAAAUGAAAUCAAGGAAGCCCUCGACGAAUUACGGAAACUAAUCAUUUCUUUGCGAACUUCAAUUAAAGACGAAGAAGCCACAUAUUUAUCAGUUGAGAUACGAAAUAGGCCAUUAAAAAAAAUAAAAAAUCAUCCGGUACGAGAGUUCAGAGAAUGCAAGCGCCUGCAUCUUCCAAAGUCCUCGUUUCUUAAAGGAAAGAAAUUCCAGGAGACACCCAUGUAUCAUCAUCGAAAAAAAAUGCUGGCAGCCCGUUUGAAUGACCAGUUCUUUGUUUGAGUAUAUUAGCAUAGUUUUCAAUACUUUAGUUUAAGGCUAUGAACAGCUAUUGGUAUACCCUCUAGCAGAACAUUUUGGGAUUACAUUUACCAUAAUAGCCUAUUCAAAGAAGAUGUAAAUGUUAAACGCACAUCAAUAACUAAGCGACCCUUUUGCAGCAACAGAGUCCAUUUGAAGGGCGGGAUUAGCAUGUCAUUCUUCAAGAUUAAGAGCCACGACAAGAUUUUUAUCUCUUAUUAGUCGCCUGUCAUUUCUGACAUCGUCAUUCUAAACAAGGGAGCUUCGAUAAAAAGAAGACGGCAACACCGUCAAGGUCAAUUACAAGAUAAUAAACAGACCUUAUUUAGAGAAAACUUGCCAUUUUUUUGCUCUGUCGCCUUGCUCUAAUGCGAAGCGACAAAGAGACAGUACGCAUAUAGUAUAGGCUCGACUAUGCGCUUCCCCGAAUACCCUAAAAAUUUUCCCAAGUGUAAAAAGUUGCCAAAAAAUCUACUACAUUUUACAAAGUGGUAGCGAGAAUGCUGCUUAUUAUUUCUUUUCAACAUUAAAAAAAUUUUUUUUGAUUCGACAUUUAACGCAAAUACGUAAUACUAAUAUGCAAUGUAAUAUGUAUUUAAUAAUAAUGCAAUAAAAGAGGCAUCAUAUAAAAA